AUGCCUUGCUGCAAUAGUUCACCUACUGAUGGAUUGUGGAAAGACAUUUACGGCGAUCCAGUUCGGCCACGCUACAAUGGCUAUUCGUGGCCUCCCGAUUUUCUACAAAUCCUGUCAUGGGUCUACAUCCUCCUGAUUUCACUCAUUUUUUUUUUAGUUGAAGUCCCAUUCCUGUCGGGUGUUUGCUUCAUUGUCCUGUUGGGGGUGUCGUUCGUCCUGCUGGUUAGCGUGGUGGUCUUGAAGGUGAGUUUGGAGGUCCUCCGUCAGGAGGACCUGGCGGUCUUCGCAGACGGCCCGCCACGGCUUGACCAGGACGAUCUCACGCGCGAGGUGGCGCCCGAUGGGACGGAGCCGUGUAUCUUCUGCCGGCGGUUUGUCCAACGGGGCUGCAAGCACUGCAGCGUCUGUGAUAAGUGCGUGCCCGGAUUUGAUCACCACUGCCGUUGGCUCAACACCUGUGUGGGGGAGCGAAAUUAUUCGAUGUUUGCCGUUUUUAUUGGCUUAUCUUGGAUCGGCAUCGUUUGGUUGGGGGGCUUGGGUAUCUGGUUCGCCCAAGAUGCGCUUCGCGAUAUCGAUCGCUUCAAGCGGCGUAUGCACAAUCACGCUUACCACAGCGAUGGGAAGAUUUUCCCGGUCAUUAUGGUUUUUGUGUUUAUUGGAAUAGGGCUUUGUCUAGCCGGUGCUGGACUUCUCACUAAGUUGAUCUACUUUCACAUUUAUCUACGAUGUACACAUCAAACCACAUACGACUAUCUCCUUGAGCGUCGUGAGAAGAAGAAACAAGAGGGGUCUUAUGUCACUUCAGCCAUGAGACUUCCCAAGAAAGGAUUCCUCAACUGCAUGGAGCUGAAGAGGCGCCGAAACUUUAAAAAGCAUUCUAAUCAACCGGGAAAGGGUGAACCCAUCCAUUCUACAACUAAUAGGAGUGAGAUAGUGACUCAUCAACCUCACGAAAGUGAAAGCCUGAAUGAGUUGGAAUCGAUGGCAGACGAUAGGAGAUUGAAUAGAAACACCUUUGAUAAUACGAGCUCUAGAACAGAAUUUAAGCCUGUACCAUACGCUAGGAAACCUGUCUUUUCGGUUCAAGAAGAAUACCCCAAUAUCACUCAACAAUUCCCAAGAGAGCCGGUUAUGUGA